AUGAAAACAGGAACGAUGACGGAAGAAAUUAUAACAACAGAGAUAGGAUGUCAGACAGUGGAAGACAAUGGUUGGAUGGCAAAUUAGAAAAUAUCAAUAGGAAUGACUAUGGUUUUGAAAAUGGAAUGCAAAGAAGAGAACAGAAAACGAAUGGAAGAAAUCAAUAUAGUCAAUAUGAAAGCUCAUACAACCAACGAGAUACGAAUGAUAGAAGAUAUGAUGAAAUGAGUAAUGGUAACAGAGCUAAAACUUAUGGUAAUGCGUUUGACAACAACUAUGGAUCCGAAAACCAAAAUUAUAAUCAGAAUGACGACUUUGGAAGCAGCAUGACGUAUUCAACACAGAACUCUAGACGCUACAAAAGGGAUCGACGAGUAGAAAUCAACUCUGGUCAAAGAAGUCAGUAUAAUCCAAAUAUACAAAGAUCUGGUGAUAAAUCCCGUGACCGAAGAAAUUCUACUGACAACAAUCAAAACGGAAGAAGCUGUGCAAUGCAUUGUUUUUUAGAAAACUUAAAAAUGACAGGUGAAAAUGGCAUGCCAGAUAAGUAUAUGAUGACAAAUACGAUGACGAAGGAUGUCAGAAACGAGGAUUUGAGGGAAUUCUUACAAGAAUCAAUCGAAGAGUGUUUUCAGAUACUUGAUAAUGAAAACUCGGACGACAGAUGUGAGUUUUCCAAAAAUCUAUUAAUUUGUUUGUCCGAGAAAGGCAGAGCUAAUUGUGACGAUUGGAAGGACGACAUACAGUUUUUGUAACGAAAAUGAAAAGGCUUACACGGAUACAGUUAAGAGGACUUUUACAAAUUUGAUAAAU